UAGCUUUCCCUGCCUUGGAGACUGAAUUGCAAAGCCUUGGUACCCUAAAAGCCUUUUUUUUUAUACCAUCUGUUACUCCCCUUUUAUAUAGCUUUGCUAUUUGAUAAUUGUUCUUAGAGCCUUGACGUUGAGACUAUCCUAACUGUGAUUUUCUUGUGAAUUUCAUAUUCAUAUCUUUUCUUAAGAUACUCUUCGGUCUUAUUUGAUUUGCAGUUUUCUAGCUUUCACUUAAUCUAGUUUGAAUUCCUAAUCUCUUCAUUUUCUGUAAGAUUAGAUAUAUGCACUUUUUCUGGAGUUGUAUGAAGUCAUAUACUUUUUUUGUUUAGAGCUUUAGAGCAUUUGAAUGAAUUAGGCAUUCAUACCUUUUCUUAAAUUUGCAUUGUCUUAUAUUUUAAUUUUAGAGUGUGUGUUUAUCCAGGAAUGAUUUGACUACUCUUUUAUUUUAAACCAGUUAGGUUUUUGGUACAUAACUUCUAAUACAAAAUAUCGAUAGUGAAAUUUUUUUAAACACAUCAGUUUGCUAGAGUGUUUUAUUGUUCCUCCAAAUCCGCCUGAAUUUGUUUGCUUGAAGGCUUUAAUUAGUAACAUGGCUGGCAAUCAAAGUUCAUCUGGAAAAAAUGGCUGGACAGCUAAGCAAAAUAAGCUGUUUGAGAAUGCCAUAGCUAUCUAUGACAAAGACACUCCCGACCGUUGGCAAAAUGUUGCUGCCAUGGUUGGUGGGAAAUCCUCAGAAGAAGUCAAAAGGCAUUAUCAGGUUCUAUUAGAGGACUUGAGUUGCAUUGAAGCAGAUCAAGUGCCUUUCCCCAAGUACAAGUCUUCAACUUCUAAUGGAGGUGGCUCUGGAAGCAAAUAGAAGAAAAUGAGAGCAGGCAUAUCUAAACACUCAUGUUCUUGGAAUUCAUGCACAUGAAGCUACACUGAAGCUCCUGAAGUUAUGUUUAAUUAGUGUGGUGCCAUAUACUAAUCUACACAAGGCAGUAGCAGAAGAAAAAGAGGAAGUAAAGAACCAGACAACAUGUAAAAAGAUGGAUGAAUAAGCAUGAUUUAGAUUGUAGAAAUAACUGUAUCUGCCUUUUGUAUCUAGAGUUCUACAAGCAUUUGAAUCCCUUUCCCUCUCCAACUUGUCACUACCCUGUAUUGCAACUGUUUAUUCCAUAAUGUAGAUAUGAUCUGUUUACCU